GGAUGGGCUGAUGAUGAACUCAGACUCCUUCACGCGGACGUGUACUCGACGGCCGAAGUUAACGAAUAUGAGAUGGUCGGACGCGGACAGUGAUAGAGAGACACAACUUCAUUUCAGAAUACCGGGCUCACUGACGAUGGGGAAAAACCACCAUAAACUCAAUUGGCUGUUGAGUCUAAAUUGGACGCAUAUAAAGCCUUCAGACUGCAGAAACCGAGCUGAUUUAUUGUGAUGAGUGUCAGCGUGAGCAGUUUCUGCAGUUCCGUGUAGAAACCAAGAGCACAGCUCAUGGGCAGUUAUGAGUAACUAACGAAUUGUAGGAGGAUAAGGGAAUCUGUGUUCAAUCAAGUUUUGGCUGAAAGGUCAGAUGUCACCGAACCUUUACAACCCAUCUGCUUUAGCCAACUUUCUGAAGCCGUGAACUGUAUCAAUGACCAAAACCAGUUCUGAAGCAAAUCCGAAGAAGACUGACACUCACGCUGCACGGAGGAGUCGAAGGAAGCUGGAAAUCAUGCCAGUCAAGCGUAUAAUAUGUGAGUCGUCUUUUUAAAGCAUACAUGACGACGUGCUGCUCUGCACGUCGUCAUGCUGGUUGGAGUGUCACUCCUGUUCGUGUACAAAUCUGAGACGGUCGAUGAGCUCGUUGGUUGAGAGACGUGGUGUCUAAUUUAUCCAUCUCAGCAUUCACUCUAUCAGCGACGCUAUGAUUUAGCUACACCCGCUCUUGGCUUCCGGACUUAAAUGUCAAAAGUGUGCACCUGUAUCUGUAUAUAUACCUGAGGCGCAGUGUCAGCAGAAGGUAAACUCAUGAGUUUCGCUGCUGCUGUACCGUCGUUGCGCUGUUAUUGUUUCGCUUUCGUGAUCGAAUCGGACUCUGGAGCUGAAUGUCAGAAGGAAGGAUAUUCAGCUAGCUUGUCUACCCACGUCAAGUUUCUCAAAACUCGAGUGUAAUCAUACAGGCACGCGCCUCUCACACAAGAAUACUUCUAUCAGCGAGCUACAGUGUCAAACUCCUAACCCUCGAUUGAAUUGCUUGCUGAAUUUUUUGUCGAUCGGCCACUUAUUUCGGUGCCAGUUACUCAGGGAGCUAUGCAUUGUUCUUUUCUGGAUUGAGAGGUUGAUUGAGAACUUGACUGAAAGGCCAAAGGUUCCCCAUCCCGAUCCACUCUCACGGGCAUGAGUCUAUCACAUCAUGCAUGCUUUCUUGGACAGACGGGCGUCUGAGUUUGUUACGACGUGAAUGUCCAUAGUAGACGUGAAUACUGCUAUCAUGAAUUUUGGACGAACUCACUUUCUGAGCAUGGCCCGCAUAAAAAAGAACGUAUCCAAGUGUUGGGAACCCGGAUAUGGAUAUCAUUUUUCUUCUUUUACAUUUGGGCGUUGCAGCUAUUUUUAAGUCUAAGCAUGGGCCUUUUAGCUUUGCCUGUUUGUUUGCUUUUGUUCGACAUAAAUCCUAAUGUUAGACGUACGUGGGUCCUCUCGCAGAGCCCCAUUCUUCUUCUUUUACAGUUAGUCAUUGCAGCUACAUGCAGCUCUGAGCAUGUUCCUUUUCGCUUUCGGUUUGUAUUACUCGGAUCGUCAUGCAUCCUCAUGUUAGAUAUACGUGAGUCCUCUAGUAGCGCCUCUCUCUCUCUCUCAGAUAUUUAUUUCUAUAUUUAUGAGAGAUUUGUGUGUAGAGAGCCGUGGGCUUGGUCAAACUGCAAUACCAAGAGAAGGAAUAUGUUACUACACAGGUUUUCACUUUUCCAGGCAUGGUGAUAGAAAAGCCAGAGUGUGCUGCCAUUAAGGGAGCCAACAUCAAGUUGAGAUAGAAGAGAGAACAGCCUUGCUGCGAUAAACAAAGAUGAAAAGGAGAUGCAGAUGAUAUCCGUGGAAGGAGAAAGAGCAUGCGAGCGGUGGAGAAUACAGCUGUGUACAACAAGCGUACCAAAGGCUCGGACAAGAGCUUUAAACCCAGAGAGUUCUUGCAAUUCAAUGUAGGCCGUAACUUUGUAAUUGGUUUCACUACGGACGGCAUGGGGAAUAGCAUGGACUGACAUCUUCUACCGAGUUCCCAAUUACUGGGAGUUGCUCGAUAACCUUGCGUCAGCAAUACCACCAAAUGCCUGAGUCUAGUCGCAACCGAUAACCAAGCCUCGAAACUGCAAGAUCUCUGAAUGAGCCAUGCACUGAUGUAUAGUGCGUUUCCAUUCGUCCAGUGGAGACAGAGGGAGAAAACAAUGAGCUCAUCUCCAUCGACCUUUUUGCUUCUUUUGCUUCUUCAGCUUUAUUCUUUCAGAAGUCCAAUUUAAGUGUGUGGUGACUGACCAUUGAUAGGAUUUCAAGAAUUUGAAGCUCGUUUCAAUAGACAAUGGCAGCGUGGAGGAGUGCCAACGUGCUCGUCGCAUUGCUAGUGGUGGCUGCAGCGUGGAUCCACCCAGGAGUCUUCACGGUGGAGGGAAAUAACGCUGCCAGCUCUCCGUUUCCAGCAAUUAUCCUACUCGGAGAUUCGACAAUCGACGUAGGAACGAACAACGAUUUGAUAACAGUGAUAAAAUCAGAUUUUCCUCCAUAUGGAAGGGAUUUAACUAUGCAGCUGCCCAAGGGCCGCUUCUGCAAUGGCUUGCUAGUCACCGACUACCUUGCGCAAGACUUGGGCUUUCCAUAUCAGAUACCGUACCUGCAGAGAGCAGGACAAGAGCAGAAACUCCUCACAGGCGUGAAUUUUGCAUCUUCGGGUUCUGGAUGGGUAAACCUUACCGCAGAUACAUACAACGUCAUAUCAUUCGCAAAGCAGGUUGACCAAUUCAAGGAUUACAAGAAGGAGCUGAUUUCCAUGGUUGGUCAGACACAGGCUGAUAACAUCAUAAGCAAUGCCCUGUAUGUGAUAAGCACUGGAACAAACGACUACGUUCUCAGCUACUACGUGAAUCCUCUAGUGCAAAAAAAGUACUCCAUUCCGGCGUACCAACAGCUGAUCAGAGAUACUGCUACCGUAUACCUCCAGGAUCUCUACAAUGAGGGGGCGAGAAACUUCGCCUUAGCUUCUCUGCCUCCUCUGGGCUGCCUACCGGCCGUGAUCUCCAUCUACGGGAACAAGGGCUUGGGGCCGGAAGGAUGUGUCGCUCCUCUGAACGAAGUAGCCAGGGCCGGUAACGACGUCUUCCGACAUGUUUUCAUGCCCAAGCUCGAAAGGCAGCUGGUCGGCUCCAAGUUGGUCUACUUAGAUGUUUACACGGUUCUGUUCGAGCUCGCCGCCAACCCCCGAGCUUUUGGUUAUAAAGAGGCUAGAAAAUCUUGUUGUGGGACUGGACUGGUGGAGGUUGCGAUUCUGUGCAAUCCAGCGAGCUUUGGAACUUGCGACGACUCGAACGAGUAUGUUUUCUUCGAUAGCUUCCACCCGACUACCAGAACAUACAAGCUCGUGUACGACGAGUUCGUCUGGCCUGUCGUCAAAGCAGCUUUUAAUUUCUAGUUAACGACGACGAGUACCUCCUUCCUUCAUAUCCGGACUCCAGAUCAUGUACUGUAAAUCAAAGCCGCAUGCGUUCCCAUCCAGUAAGUGCUCUGAAAGUCAAGUUCAGACUUCUGUAAGGCGCCACAGAAACAGAGGUUCCAGAAUCGUUCAUCCUUCAUCAUCAGUGGGCCAUGUGCUUCACACUUGUGCGCGGCAUCGAGCUCUAAACUCCAUCCAGCCCUUAUUCAUAAUGGCUGCUCUGGCAUCUUGUAGACUGAGUCCUCUUUAGUCAUUCAUAUACUUGACUGUAUAGAAAAUUUAUUUCCUCAAAUACCCGUGCGUGAGCUGCUUGGACAAGCAUGUCUUGGAGCAAAUGGACGAGUGGACUAUUACUGCUACUACUCAUGAUCUAGUGCUCGAUGAAGGUUCGACUGUGAGCAGACGUAAAAGUAGAUUGCUGGUUAACUAUAUCCAGAUAUGUAUUGCCAGAAGAUUUCAGCAUUUAUUCUGAUUUGCAGCUUUUCA